CCAGAUUCGAAAAAUUUUCAUUCUUGAACGUUGUUUUAACGUCGGUUUGUAAACGAAUCUUUCUCUUCUCGUGCUUGGUGAUCGCAUUUUUUCGAAGACUGAAGAUAUAUACUGUAAAUUCGGCAUUUUUAAGAAAUUCAUUGUGCUAAAGCAACUUUCAAAGACAAAGCAGUCGACUGUAUUUUGUUGAAGAAAUAUAUUGGCAGAGAUAUCAAUAAGUCAUUCAAGAUAUGUUUGGAAUCAGUGAAGAAUAAUAAGAAUUUUAACAAGCAGAUUGCUCUAAGGAAGAAAAGAAAGAAGACAAGAGGAAAGGUUUAUUAAUUCACUUUGUGUAAGAAUAAGAAGUUAAUAUUGGAACAGCAUCAUGUGUGACGAAGAAGGUGAUUCAAGAAAAUAUUCAUUGUCUGAUAAUUCAUCUUUUCAAUCUGUUCCUGAUGCAGAUAGAGAAAUGGCUGCCCAAGCUUUUCAUGAAUUUGAAAAGCAAAAAUAUGAUGAGUGCUUAAGCGUACUGAAAAAACUUUUAUCUAAGAGGCCCCAAGAUGUGAAAGUUCUUCAUAACUGUGCUGUUGUUGAAUAUUUUCUUUCAGGCUGUAAGAAAACUGAAAAAUUUAAGAAAAAAAUGGCUGAAGUUUGCAGACAUGUUCAUAUUGAUUUGCAAGAUCUUGAAACUAUAGAUGAUGUUGACAAUUGUAUUGUGUUGUAUAAUCAGUCAGUAGUUUUAUAUCACCUACAUCAAUAUCAUGCAGCAAUAAAUAUUUUAGAUAAAGUAUACCAGUUUAUUGAGCCCUUGGAAGAAACACUGGCUAGAAAUAUUUGUUUCUUAUUGAUUGAAUGCUAUCUUGCAAUAUAUCAGCCAAAAAAAGCACUGUGCGUGAUUGGAUUUUUAGAAUCUGUAUUAUUUGCUGAUAAAAACUGUAACAAAUCUAACCAGAAGGAAAAAGAAGAAAAUGAUAAUUGUAUAUCAGACACAUUGAGACGUAAAUUACAACUGUGCAAAGCUAGAUCUUAUGCUAUGAUGAAAACAGCAAAAGCAUGUAAGCGAGAAAUCAAGAAUUUAUUAUCUUCUGGUUCCAACAUUCCUAAUAUUCCAGCAUAUUAUUUAAAAUGUCAACUAGAAUAUCAAAGAGGAAAUUAUAAGAAAGCAUUAAAAUUAUUAAAUACUGUAUCACUACCUGAUGAUAUUUCUAAAUAUUUUAAAGAAACAGGUGAUUGCUUACCAUCUAUUUUUUAUAAUAAUGUGGGUUGUAUUCAUUUCUAUAUGGGGAAACCAAAUCUAGGACAUUUCUAUACUGAACGGGCUUUGAAGGAAUUUGAGAAUGAAAUAGCAAAAUUGACUGAUUCUAAUGAUAGUAAAAGUCCUCGACCUCUUUAUGUCAUGAGUAUUUCCACCAAGCAUCAACUAAUGUACAACCUAGGUAUGCAGUAUUUACAGGCCAAGAAAUUUCACAAAGCUUUUUCUUGUUUUGUUGAAGUAGUAAAAUCAUACCAUUCUAAUCCUAGGCUUUGGCUUCGAAUAGCAGAAUGCUGCAUUCACAUCAACAAGCCAAAUUGUAUGGACGAAUAUGCUGAAGUGAAAAAGAAACCUUUCAUAAAAUCUAUAGUUGGUGCUGGACCUCACCAGAAAAUCAUAAUGAAUUCUUCAGCACUUGAAAAAGAGUCCAGUGAAGAUUCAAAAAACUCUUCAAUGUUUGAAUCUCCAUCAUUACAGUUUGCAAUGUUUUGUUUAAAGAAUGCUCUUUAUCUUGUCAGAGAACAUAAUUAUUCCACUGGUGAUUCAGAUACUAAUAUUCAAACAGCUUCUGAGGAAAAUGAAAGUUCUACUUCAGAGGAAAACAACACUUUAUCUGUUUUACCAUCAAAUUACCUUCAAGGUGCUGAAAUCUUUAGUCUUCGGAAUUCUAUUCUUAUUUCUUGUUCAUAUGUAGCUCUAAGCCUAGGUGAAGUUUUGCUUGCUCAUGAAUAUGCGAAAACUUUAUUAUCACAACCUCGUAUUUCUGCUGCUCACAAAUUCUUGGCACAUCAAUAUGCCGGUGAAGCUCUCUUAAUCAUGGACAGAAUCACAGAAGCAGUAGAACAUUUGAAUUUCCAGUGUGCAAAUGAAAUAGAAUUAGCAUUCCCUGUUAGUUCUUCUGAAGUUUCUUUAAAACAUCAAAUGAGGUUUGAUUCAAAAUUGAAUGAAAAGAACGAUGAUGGCAGCCGACCUGUAGGUAACAUUCCCAACUGGCUCCCUACUACAAUAUCAUCAGCAAAGUUUGUUACUCAGUAUAACUUGGCAGUGGCAUAUGCAUGUAGAGAAGAAUGGAACAAGGCUAUGGAAUGCUUAAAUCAAAUGAAUCCAAAUGGUUCAGUACCUGUAGAAGCUCUGUCAUUGUUAAUUUAUGUGGAAUCUCAUGCUUCUGUGAAUGAUAUCAAAUCCACUAUCCAAAAAUAUGUGCAUCCUGGUACUGCAUAAAAAAUUAGAUAUUCAUGGAAUUGUUUAUUUGAUUUGAUUGUGUUAAAUAAUAACAAAUUGACAAAAGUAUUCUUCUGAAAAAUUAAAUAUUAAGUAUUAUAACUGUCAUUAUCUUGGCCUCUCAUUAUAAUUUUAACAAACUGUUUUUAAAACAGAAGUGAAUAAAAAUGUUUGCUGAAUAAUUAUCAAUGGAAAAUAAAAUUUAAUUGAUAUUAGUCACAAAUGUUUAUAAAUUAUUUUAUGAAAUCCUGUAAUUGCAUCUGAUACAGUUUUAUAAAUAUUUUAAUGCAGUAUUUAUAUUUACUAAAAAUGAAUCUGAUAAUGAAUUGCCAGUCUGUAAUUCAUUUGUUCUUUUGAGAUAAAUUUUAGCUGUGGAAAGUUUUUAUCUACUAUACUGUAAUUUUUGAAACUGUUGACUACUUGAAACCCAUUUCAUUGAUAGUUAUUUUUGCAAAGGCCAUUGAUUGGACUAUGAUCCUUUAAUAAUUUUUAUAUUGAGCUGAUUGGAAUUAAUUAUUUGUUGGGUAUUAUAUAAAAACAUUCUUAGUUCACUUGAUGUAUAAGCAAAUUCUGGUUAUUUCCUUAAUUAUUCCUUGUUUCAAAUUCAUUUUGUUAUUUAUUAUUUUUUAUAUAUCU